CAUUGUAGAUGCGAACUGGCUUGCGAGAAGAAUCUGUAAUCCUAUUGUCUCUUCCUUCACACAGACCGUGGUGUCAACAUUUUCCAGAUCAAGCCAGGACUGGGAUGCUCAUAUGUCUUGCUCAUUGUAGCAGUUCUAGGAUCUGCAUGACUUCUUCAGAUCUGGUUAAGUAGUUUUUACCAUGAAAGGCUUUACAAAAGGCUAUAAGGCUCAUCAGAACUCCACAACGUCUAACUG